AUGGGAGAUCUGGAGCAAAUUUUUUACGACUUUUGUGAUGCUGUCAAGAAGGGAGCGAAAACUGCAACUGACAAAACUAUUAAAAAAAUAUGUACUGAUUGUAAUAUCUAUACAAAAUCAUUCAAUGCGAAUGCCGUGGAUAUUGCUUUCUGCAAACAUCUCAAAAGUGGCAGAAAGGAAGUUGACUUCCCUGAUUUCUUAAGGUUUAUUGAAGGAACAAUGGCAGAAGAAUAUGCAAGACAAAAAAAUAUUUCUCCAACUGAAGCAUCAGAUGAAAUAAAAGGUAAAAUAAUCAAAGGUGGCGGUCCUAAAGCUCAUGGAGCUACUCAAGUUAGCAAGGAUUCGGCAACGGCUCGUCUCACGGAUGUAAAAGGAUAUACGGGCUCUCAUAAAGAACGAUUUGAUCUUGAAACUGGUAAGGGUAAAGGAAUCGAGGGACGAGAGUAUCUCAUGGAUGACAAAGCGGCUUCUGGUUACGUUGCAGGCUAUAAAGGAAAGGAUACAUAUGACAAAACUCACUAA